AUGAACAGCGGUGACGCCGCCGGGUCCAGCUCCGGCGGAUCCGGGGACGCGGGCGCGCCCAGGAGGGCCUCCAGGAAGCCCAAGUAUUCCAAGUUCACGCAGCAGGAGCUCCCAGCUUGCAAGCCAAUUCUUACUCCAAAAUGGGUUAUUUCGGUGUUUGUUCUUGUUGGUGUCAUUUUUGUCCCGAUAGGUGUUGCUUCGUUGCUAGCUUCAAAUAAGGUCGUUGAGAUUGUUGAUCGAUACGAUGAUGCGUGCGUCCCGUCUAAUGUUACUGACAAGCUUGCCUACAUCCAGAACUCAACAAUAUCUAAAACCUGCCGAAGGACACUAAAGGUCCCAAAGGAUAUGAAGCAGCCAAUUUUUGUGUAUUACCAGUUGAAUAACUUCUACCAGAAUCAUAGGAGAUAUGUUAAGAGCCGGAAUGACCAACAGCUAAGAGAUGCUAGUAAGGCAAACGAGACCACGCUUUGUGACCCUGAGAAGACCAGAGAUGGAAUGGCUAUUGUUCCAUGUGGUCUGAUAGCAUGGAGCACAUUCAAUGAUACAUAUACCUUCCAACACAACACUAACAACUUAUCUAUCGACAAGACAGACAUCUCUUGGAAGAGUGAUAGGGACCACAAAUUUGGAAGUGAUGUCUUCCCAAAAAACUUUCAGAAAGGUCCUCUUAUAGGUGGAAAAACACUCAACGAAUCUAUACCGCUGAGUGAGCAAGAGGACCUUAUUGUUUGGAUGCGAACUGCCGCGCUUCCUACAUUCAGAAAACUGUAUGGUAGGAUAUAUGUGGACCUCAAAGAAAAUGACACCAUUACUGUUACACUGGACAACAAUUACAACACAUAUAGCUUUGAUGGCAAAAAGAGUUUGGUGCUUUCUACUUCAACUUGGCUUGGUGGAAAGAAUGAUUUUCUUGGUCUUGCAUAUCUCACUGUUGGUGGACUCUGCUUCUUCCUGGCAUUUGCAUUCACCUUACUCUACUUGAUAAAACCAAGAAAUUGGGAGAUAACAACUACUUGUCAUGGAACAGAAACUCUGCAGGCCACUGAUGCACUCUGA